UUGCCUAAUUGUAAUAUAAAAACAUGUGCAUAUAUUUUGAUGUUUGACAGCUGUAAACGUCUCAAGAAUGCAUUGAACACUGUCUGUAACUCCGAUUACAGUUCAUGGGGAUGCUACAAACACUUCUUUAACAAAUCAUGACGUAUCGCUGCAAGGCUUGUACAAAUUGUCGCAAAUUUCGCUACAUUUGCGUUAAUUGUCGUCGAUUUGUGGCAGUUUCGAAACACUUCGCCGUUUAAUUGUAUUAAUUCGGACUAAAUUGCUUGCCCAAAGAUCUGAAAUCUGUUGGUGAAACCCGAGUCUGGGCAGAACGAAGAGACUUUUAUAUGUCUUCUGCAAAAACUACGAACAUAGAUCACUUUAAGGGACGAGUUCAUGGCUUACGUCAGAUCUUUAAACGUAUUGAGGAGGAAACAUACCCACUUCCUUCCGCAAUUGCUGUCACUGAUUACCUGGAAUAUUUUCACAAGAUUCUGUUGAGUUUGGUCAAUGAAGAUGCACCUGAAAUUUCUGAAGAUGGUAGCUCUUUUGAUCACCAAUCUGUUAUUGAACUUGACUACACUGGCCUGUUUACAACACUGGUUGAUCUAUUCCGCAUUCUUCAAAACAUAGGUGAAGGCCAUGAAGACUGCGCUCUUACAAUUCUCCACAUUAUGGCUUCUUUGGUUCCAUUCCUACCAGAAGAAUGGCUCAACGAUCUUCCAAUAACAUUAACCAACAUGAUGACGUCCGUAAGUUCAAGUCUCCAUGGCAGCAUUGUGAACGUUAUUUGCGGUUAUCUUCUUCCUUUGUUGCUUGGAAAUUUUUCAAGUGGCGAUAACAGUGACAGCCACUUCGCGUUGUCUUGCUCUUCUCUCAUAAUGUCCGUCUUGUUGUGCUGUAACGAUCCCAAAGAACACGCCAAAUUCCUGGAAACAAUGAUGCGAUUCAAAAAGAACGUUUGUCUCGACCUGCUCGCGGUUAUGGCGUAUGGACCGACGGAGGUUCUUCAACCGUCUGUGCAACUCUUGUUCCAUUACUAUCCCUCCAUUGAUGUUGCUUAUAUAUUUUUCUCGUUUGCUGGAGCGAUGGACGAUACCCAGUUUUAUUACGAUGCCUGGAAUAGUUCUCAGUGUGAUGUACCCAGCUGUGUUGGAACAUCGACAAAACUCUGCAUCGAUGCUCAUUUUGCUUCCAGCGUGUGUGACACCGAACCUCCUGUUUUUCUUUGUGAGAAAUGCGCGAAUAGGGCAAGAGAUCAUUUCUUAUUGGAUAUCAUUCAGCCAAUAGGAGAAGUGGCCGCUUCGUGUGAGAAUAAGCCUUGCAAAGGUGACGACCGGACGGCAAAAUAUACGUGUUUUUCUGAAAGUUGUAUCAAGAAACAAAGAAAUCGACCGCUGGCUCAAUGUCGUGUUUGCACUCGCAUCAACCAUGAUGAGGGCGAGGGUCAAUGUCACGUCGUCCAAGGGGCACUCCCCGAUCCUUGGAUUACCGAGGGCAUGGAACAGACGUUUCUUGUCGAUGCUAUUGUUCGUUUGUUACAGCAAGCCCCUCCUAAUGAGACAACUAGGUUGCGAAAAAUCGGAUACGAUAUCGAGCCAGAUUUUGUGGAAAUGUCAAGUGCUGAGAACGGUCAACAAAUCACCACGGACGAUAUGAACAGAGAGCUGUUGCUUAGUCGUUUUGGCGUAUGGCUUUUAGCGUCUCAAUGCCGCACGGUUUCGUUGUGCAAGAGCGAGGAAAGGCUUGGCUACCUGAUCUCAGUCGUUUUCGAUUGGAUGACGGCAACUGCUGACAUUGGAGAUAAAGGAGUGCGGGCGAAGAUCGAGACUUUAAAAAAGGAGUAUAUCAGUAAUUGGUUGAAUAACGUGAAGAAAGCAAACUUCGAGUUGUACUGUACGUGUUUGUCUCCCGAUCCCCCGUCGUAUGUUCAAAUGCAAGAAACGACAGAUAUGCUGUCGGAUAGUAUCAGAUUGUUGAAGGAGGGUUUAUACAGGAUUUGCUGUCUGAUUCCGUACAAUCUGAUUCCGCAAGAGGUAUGGGAACGAAUUAUGCCUGAGUGGAUGAACGCGAUAAGAAGUGGCGUCCCGCCUGAACGUCUUCGGGAGUUCAAGAGCCUGCUGAGCGAUCUGUUUGACCCGGUAGUAUCGCCAUUCAAAGUCUCGAUGGACGUUGUCAUGGCGUUUAUCAAGAACGGAUUUGAAUCCGGUUCAGAAAGUUUGCAAAGACAGACACUCACGUGGUUGCAGAUCUUGUCCGAACUUGAUAUUAUCAUCAAGAUUCACAUGUUGGUGAACAUGUUUCAACUGGCGAUGGAUUCGUUGCAACAUCCGAGCAUGGAGGACAGCGAACCCGCUUCGCCUGCAACGCAAGAAGAACACAUAAACUCAGGCAGAUGGUCUGCCGUUCUUGAAAAUGACUCGACGCUUGCCUCGUACAUCAUGAUGCUGGACAUCAUAGCGAAGCAGAUAAAACUUCAGUACGAAGAAAGCGAACGUGUUUCGAACGCUUUGGAAAGGCAGGGCAUCGUACGCCUUAUGGAACGUAUGUUGGAUGUUCCUUGGGCGGGUUUUCACAACCACUCUGGACCAUGUCGGCAUUGCCAAAUGACCGCUAUGUGGUUUCAACUUGCGCAUGCGCUGAUGAAUCGUGUCUUCUCCAAGAAGCUAGUAACCAAUCUGGAUGGCCUGGGACAAGAAUUUGGCACUGUGGCGAAAAACAGCAGUAGUUUGGUACUGAACCGAAAUUCACUACGAAGUGAAAAGAACAAUUUUCGAGACGAAAGAAAUGCCGAAGACGUCGUGUUGGAACAAAGCGAUGGAUCUAAAUCAAACGGACCAGGUGACGACUCUAAUUCACAAAUGACUGACAGUGUUUUCGAUACUGGUGACAGUGUGGGCAACACCAGGGGAUCAGUGAGGUCAUCUUGGGAAAGUUCUGGAUCGGCUUUGUCUUUCGAAAGUGCUGCAGAACGGGGUCCUCAUAUCCGAUUUUUACUUGGAGUUUUAAAAGAAUUACCCAAACAAGAAGAUUUAGUUGUCAUCUUGCAUUUGGUAAAAUGUUUAAAUGUUAUGUGUCUUCGUGCUGACUAUUUGAGAAUCGCUGCGGAGGAAGAUCUAGAUAUUCUAUCCUACUUACAAGAAGCAUUCCUUGUUCCAAACCUUUGGCGUCUGUUGAAGUGUGAUCGUUCAGAGUUGUGCGAGGUCUGUGUUCCGGUUCUGCUGCACUGCAUUAGUCUUCCAUGUGGUGCCGAGUCUCUUGUAAAUGAGGUCAAGUCUACGUUUACCAACAAAGAUUGGAGAGUAAGAUUCGAUGGUGUGUCAAAGGUUGUCGUUGUUGCGCGUUACGUACAAAAAGACAUCCUCGGUAACGAUCUAGCAAGAUCGGCACUUGCGCUCAGUUUUGCCUAUCUCGUGGGCUCACUGGAAGAUCUCUCGAACUCAGUCUCCCUACACGUGGCUGUCAUGCUAGAGACUAUACAUCCGAACUGUUUAGUGGUCGUGUACGACAGCUUAAUAAGCCAGUUCGACAAAUUUCCUUCGGACCGUUUGUUGAUCAUCCACACUUUUCGGUUGCUUCAUAAUGCCUUGCCGAAAUGUACUCCCUUGUCUGGGCAUUUUUUCUUGAAACGAUUCACACAGCUGUUUGUGGAGAAGACUUCGUUAGUUGCCAGCUCAAAUCCUGCUCGUUCCACCCUGUCGCGACAAGCGAACAUGAGUGAUAAGUCGUCUAUGUCAAACACUUCAUCAAUGGUCGAAACUUCUCGCAAAACAGGAAAAGGUACUACUGGUGCGAAUCAACGUUUGACAUCUUUCUCAUCGACCAGCAGUAGCAUAACGAUAUGCCCUGAUGCAGGUCGUGUAGGGCGAUCCAAUUCGCUACCGACCAAUCGUUGCGGCUAUUCUCUAAACUUUGAACGAUCCUGUGUGUCGCGACAAUUUUCCAGUCCGCUGGAAGGAGAUACAAAACGAUAUAAAUUCGACCUGUCCCAAAUUGAAUCAGUAGACCAAAUGUUACAGGGCGCAAAAAUGGCGGCACAAGGCUAUCUAUCACCUGUCGCUGAAGAAAAUUUGGAUGGCACAGGUAGAGAAGCGACCCAGUUAGAAAAAGAUGGGAAAAUGUACGAAAGAACAUCAUCUCGCACACUUGACGAUGAAGUGACUCAUCAAUUGGUGACGUUGCUGUGUGAGUUCAUGAGCAACCCAAGGAACGAUAACGAAUUUGGACGCACCCAAGAAUACGUCAUCAGUCAAAUCAAACAUCAUGUUGGAUUGCAGAUGGGAUACAACGUCACUGCGAUUGGCGAGUUCACCGGAAGUCCACGAAAACUGAGGUCCACUCCUGUCUUCAGUGCGUUCAUCUCCAGUAUUCCACAAGUGUUGGAUAAAAAUCCAGAUUGGGGAAAGGAGGUACUACCCCUUACCUUGCAAUUGCUGCUGUUUUGUCCUGCUCCCGAAGUCGUCAACAAGAGUCGAAAGCCGAAUUACACCUUAGGCAUUUUAGACGUCAAUGUCCGACACUCCUGGCUUGUGACGCUGUUAAUAUACUUAUACAAGUACGACAUCGGUACUCACAAAGAACUGACAAAAAAUCUCAUUCAAAUUGUCAUGAACACCAUUAACGUUCAAAAUCACGAGUGCUCAGACGAGUAUGCUCAGAAAGUCGGCCGAAGUUUAUCGGGCGUCGAUGACAACACCAACUCUACCUCACAACAAAGGAAGCAGCCGACAGUACGACGUGGUACAUUGGCCGCAAUCUUUGGAACAGGAGAAAGUGAAUCUGCAGCGGCUCCCUCACCAGCAGAAAGCGAACUUGUCAUUGGAGUUAGGCGAAAAGAACUUGAGCUGCGAUCAUCUAGCGUCAGUUCGCUGCUGGCUCAGAGUGUCAAUUCAGACUCGGCAUCGUUCGGUAUAGAUCAGUUGAUGUAUAAUCUAAACAAGCAGUCGAUUAACGGAGAGGAUGAACAGGAAACGACGGUCGGGUCUAGUAUAACCAACGAGGACACAUUACAGUCGACACCAUCUUCCACAGAUCAAUUUAAAAAAGUAGCGUCGUUGGAAAUCCAAAAAAUGGCUACUGAAAUUAGCAAAGAAUUCGACUCACCCGACCAGGAAGAGGCUGUAGAUACGCCACCACUGGUCCACACUGGGGUUACUGCACCAGAGUCGCCAAAUGUAUAUGAUCCCUUCGAUUCAUGUCCUGGAUGUGGAUUGCGUCUCGAGCAGUUCGACGAAGAGACCAUAAACCUGUCCAUCAUUGUUCUUGCCACGUUUGUACAUAGAUACCCCACCGUAUCAACUCCUUGGCUUUUAAGAAUUUUGCUGUGCGUUGGGAGGAAGGUCGUAAAAACCGUUUAUCAUUGGCAACUGAAAAGCAACAUCAUCACGCCACUCUCAAGUGUCGAAAUAGCAAAACAAUUUCUGAGGUGUGUCCUUGUUCAAUUCGCCCCGAACGGACUCUUUCCUGAGUUGUUUAGGACGCCAAUUGAAGAUCCGACGAUUUUUCCAGCCAUCGCUUCUGCCUUAAGUGAUUUUCCUCAGUUUAAUCAAAUGGGGCCAAUAUCGUAUGUCCUGCGGAGUAUAUCUUCGAAAACUAUUCCUGAUCGCUUGCAGUUGCUGUUGCCCAACAUGGCUGCGUACCUCGAGAAUGUAAAUAAGCAUCCCGUUGAUAUGUGGAAAGGGCAGCUAGGAAAGUUCAUUCGAUUUCUUCAAAAGUUGUUGCCGUUUUUACCUAAGAAUUAUGAUGCAACUCCUGUAAUUUCCAUAAUGUUGGCUUUUAUCAGUGCAGCUAAUUCAUCGUUCAAGGAACUCCUGGAACCGUAUGGAAACGUUUUGCUUAAGAUACUGCACGAUUGCACGUUCGAAUUAAAACGUCUCAUGGAGCUUUGCGCUAGAUGUAAUGACGUUUUUACGAAGGAGCGAAACAAGCUAUAUCUCACCAAACUGGUUUUACAAGAAAUUUUACUAGUUUUGAGAUUCAAAUCCUCUCUCCCAGAAAGGACCAUUCGAUAUCUUAUGCAAUUUCUUUGUUUCGACGUUGGCACUCGUUACUUAUAUUCAAUCGAAGGGGAUGAUCUCUACAUUGAUCUACCGGCAUCGGCUCAUACGCACGCCAUGGAUAAUUUUCAACAUCACAUCAGCGAAGCCCUGGAUUUUAUUAAAGACUGGAAUUUUACGAGGAAAAAGAAAAUGGAUGUCCGCAACGACUGGGAGGAACCAGAACUGGGCAUGCGCUGUUUAGGUGUUCAUCUCAAGGCGACUAUCUCUCAGCUUUGGGCGAUCGAACUCACGAAACCAUGUAGACAUAAUAAAAUGUAUAAUAAAACAUUGUCUUGGCUUAAGACCCCUCCUACCGCCACACAGCUAAGUCGCGUUACGUUGCAUGAAUGCGACACAAAUAUUCGCCUUCUGUCGUGGCUUCUGAUUGGCUCUCUCUCUCAUACGAUCAACUUUCCAGAUGCAUAUGUAAAGUCGUGUCCAAUCAAAAUGGACGAGAGCACGCACAUUGCCGAAUUCGUUCUAAUAAUAUUAGCGAAUUUUGCCGAUAAUUCUCAGGACAAUAUACUUGGGAUUUCAGCUUUAUUAAACGCUUUCAACUUGUGUUUGCUGUGGACUCUGUAUUGUGAACAUCAGUUUCAUAACGAAGGUUGUGAAAUGCUAGAUAGCUCCCUUACUGUCAUCAUGGAGUUCUGGGCACGAGUCACACCGGGAAUACUUCAUCUGUUGCAGCACACAAAAGAAUUUCGAAACACAGUUGGUGAACAGUUCUCUCAUAUUUUAAUUUCAUUGGCCGAGUGGAAUGCAGCAACGUUACCAAAGUUGCUACCUCUGUGGUCGUCAGUUCUGAACACGUGUGGUGUUAAGGUCCCUUUCUGCAGUGGCUUGAUAUCCACAAUUACCUCAAGGCAUAUCGCUCAGUCUACGAUUGUUGCCAUGGGAAGGUUAACGAUCGCAUGUUUACGCGUGUUUACGGUCCCCGUGACAGCAAGACGCUGUUUCAUUGGUUGAAGCAAAAUCAGCUAAGUAUGGCUAGGACCGAGCAAGCGGCAUCAGGAAAUUUACGUGUUUAAAGAGUCGUUUAAAAUGCAAAGAAAUUUGGAUCGUGCUUCACUUUUUCAUGGAAAUUUCAUUUGAAACAAUGAAAGAGUUCAGUUGCGGGUCGACAUUGAAGUACCUCUGACUUUGGGGAAUAUUCGAACAGAUUUCAUUUUUCAUAAUGCUAAAUGUUUGUUAACACACUGGAAGAAAAGUAAACACUGAAAACAAAAAUAGCGCUUCCACAUUAAGGUGUUGAGCUUAGCUAAAAGUUAUAGGAAAUAAAUUUAAAAUUAAUUACAAGAAAAUAAUAUGAAUAUUUAUAGAAAUUUGACGAUUUAAUAAUCGCCUCGUACAAUAUGUGUAUGUGUGUUUAUGUUUUUUUGUGAGCCACUUAUAUAUGUUAUUGUAAUUUAUCGUGUAAACUACAUUCAUUUGUGGAUUUGGGAAAGUAGCUUUAUAAACGAAUUAGUAAAAAUAUGAUCGAGACAAAA